CGGUGGGUCGGUGGGUCGUGGCCCAGCAUGGUCAUGGCGGAUGGCCCGAGGCACCUGCAGCAGCGCGGGCCGGUCCGGGUGGGCUUCUACGACAUCGAGGGCACGCUGGGCAAGGGAAACUUCGCCGUGGUCAAGCUGGGCCGACACCGCAUUACCAAGAGCGAGGUGGCCAUAAAAAUCAUAGACAAAUCUCAGCUGGAUGCGGUGAACCUGGAGAAAAUCUACCGCGAGGUCCAGAUCAUGAAGAUGCUAGACCACCCUCACAUUAUCAAGCUCUAUCAGGUGAUGGAGACAAAGAGCAUGUUGUACCUCGUGACCGAAUAUGCCAAAAAUGGAGAGAUUUUCGACUAUCUGGCCAACCACGGCCGGCUGAACGAGCCCGAGGCCAGGCGCAAAUUCUGGCAGAUCCUGUCCGCGGUCGAUUACUGUCACAGCCAGAAGAUCGUGCAUCGGGACCUCAAGGCCGAAAACCUCCUGCUCGAUAACAACAUGAACAUCAAAAUAGCAGAUUUCGGGUUUGGCAAUUUCUUCAAGAGCGGCGAGCCGCUGGCCACGUGGUGCGGCAGCCCGCCCUACGCCGCCCCGGAGGUGUUCGAAGGGCAGCAGUACGAAGGACCCCAGCUGGAUAUCUGGAGCAUGGGCGUGGUGCUCUACGUGCUGGUCUGCGGCGCUCUGCCUUUCGACGGCUCCACCCUCCCCAUCCUGAGGCAGCGGGUCCUGGAGGGCCGCUUCCGCAUCCCGUACUUCAUGUCGGAAGAGUGUGAGCACCUGAUCCGGAGGAUGCUGGUCCUGGACCCCUCCCGGCGGCUGACCAUCGCGCAGAUCAGGCAGCACAAGUGGAUGCUGGCGGAAGUGCCCGUCCAGCGACCGACCCUGUACGUCCAGAGCCGUGGGAACGGCCCCACCCUCGGGGAGUACAACGAGCAGGUUUUGCGGCUCAUGCACAGCCUGGGCAUAGACCAGCAGAAGACCAUCGAGUCUCUGCAGGACAAGAGCUAUAACCACUUUGCCGCUAUCUACUACCUGCUGGUGGACAGACUGAAAUCCCACCGGAGCAGCUUCCCCGUGGAGCCGAGCCUCAGCUCCCGCCAGCGCCGGCCCAGCACCAUCGCCGAGCAGACGGUCGCCAAGGCCUUGCCGGUGGGGUCCCCGGCACCUCUGAGCUCCCAGGCCCUGAGGUUAGGGCCAGCCGCAGACCUCCCUCAGCCUCCUCCUCCUCCUCCUCCUCCUCCUCCGCCUCCUCCUCCUCCCAGGGACAGCUUCUCCUUCCCCGGGGCCGCCUGCCAGUCGGAGGCAGCGUUCAUCGAGGAGCACGUCGACACCCCAAAGGUGAACGGCUGCUUGCGGGACCCGGCACCCCCCAUGGCGGGGAGGAUGGGGUGUCCACCGCAGCCUGGCCCGCUGAUGACGGCGUCCAUCGACGAGGGGAUUGAGGCUGGAGGGGAAGCGGAAGAGGAUCCUACCGGGGCUUUCGCCACCUUCCAGUCGACACGCGGUGGCCAGAGGCGCCACACGCUAGCCGAAGUGACCAACCAGCUGGGGCUGGGGCCAGCCACGGGGAACGUAUACUCGGCCGGAGACAAGCCGACCCCGGGCAGCGUGGACACCGAGUGCGGCUUGGGGAGCGGCCAGCCCGGCCUGACCUUCCUGGAGGACAGCCUCUCCCUGAAAGACCUGGUGUUGGCCAACCAGCCGGGCCCCCGCCUGACGCCUCCGUACGUCGGCCUGACGCCCGCCAACCCAGCCAUGCAGGCCUUGAGCUCGCAGAAGAGAGAGGCCCACAACAGGUCGCCUGUCAGCUUCCGGGAGGGCCGCCGGGCGUCGGACACCUCCCUCACCCAAGGGAUCGUGGCCUUCAGGCAGCACCUGCAGCAUCUGGCCCGCACCAAGGGGAUCCUGGAACUGAACAAGGUACAGCUACUCUACGGGCACCUGGGACCCGAGACGGAGCCUGGCCUGGAGCCGGCCGCGCCCCCACUCCCGGACCUCGCCAGCGGCCCCUCCCAGGAGGAGAGCGUCCAGCUGCAGGAGGCGGCGGUGGCAGCCCCGGCCUUCCCCGGCACCCCCACGCAUCCUCGGUUACUGCCCCGGCGCCCAGGUGUGGAGACCCCAUUCCUGCAGCACCGGCUCCAGAAACCCAGCCUACUGGGCCCACCCAUGUUCGGCAAGGAGUCUCCCCGCAGCCUGGAGCAGCAGCUCCAGGAGCACAGGCUGCACCAAAAGCGGUUGUUCCUGCAGAAGCAGUCGCAGCUGCAGGCCUACUUCAACCAGAUGCAGAUCGCAGAGAGCGCCUUCCCGCUGGCCAGUCAGCCGCACAGCCUGCCCCGCCAGGAGCCCCCGCCCCCAACCCUGCCCCCGUCCCAGCCCGGGCUGCCGUUCGGCCUGGGUCCCGCUCCGGAGCCCUCCCCAACCCCAAUGCAGUACGAGCCUUUCCUUGGCCAGUACCGCUCCCUGCAGCUGCAGCCCCCGGCCCCCGGGCCCAGCCCCGGACUCCCUGCCCCGACCCCUCCUCCUCCUCCUCCUCCUCCGCCUGCAGCCCCGCUGCAGUCGCAGCCCCCAGAAGCCCCAACCCCCACCCAGUUCUCCCUGCAGACUGGCGAGCUGCUGCCCUACCCCGCCCCCUGUCCCUAUGCCCUGGACUCCGGCCCCGCCGGCCCCCCGGGGCCCCCCGAGGCCGGCCCCACGCCCCACGAAGCGGCCCCUGGUUACGAGGCCCUGGCGCUGGCCGAGCUGCCCGCGCUGUUGGACUGUGAGAUGCUGGAGGCCGUGGACCCGCAGCACGGCGGCUGCGUCUUGGUGAACUAAGCCGGUGGGCCGGGGCCGGGGCAGGACCGCUGGGGCGGCCCACGGCAGAUGCAGAGAGAUGAAGUUGAAGAGCGUUGUGUUCCCAGAAACCUGGGGCCCCACCUGGCUGUGCUGCCCGCCGAGGCCGCCUUAGGAGCAGAGUGGGCCAGGCCCCGGGGGCGCCGCCUGACUUGUGGGCAGCACAUCACCAUCCGGCCCGGGGCCACUGCUCCCCUCCAAAUUAGGUCUGGCCCCUGGUCCUCUGGACUCACGCAGGCCCAGGGUGCCGUGGGAGCCUGCCGGCGCAGACAUUCAGAGUCAGGAUGGGCUGCCCUGGGGCCGGGAUCCCUGCCCCAGGGUCAGCCCCCAAACCCGCUGAGCUGGGCUGAGAGGGGCAGAGAUGGAGAUCGCGGGCCUCCACCGAGAUCCCAGCCGGGAUCUGAGCCGUGGUGGGCCGGGCCAGGCCAACGGACUGGCGUGGGAGAAGUGUGAGAACCGACGCCACCCCUUUCUGCCGUUUGUCCCCAGGCUGAGUGGGGCCGGGCCUCUGAACUGUCGCCACCAGGGCCUCAGUGCCCUGAGGGUUUGCCGUCAGCCGUGUGGAAGGUGAGUGGGGGCUCGGCCCGCCCUCGUCCUCCCCAGCUCCCCACGCCUGGGCCCUUGUCAGUAUUACAGCAAUAGUCUCUGCCUGGCCCGGGCAGACCCAGUGUUAGAACUCCAUCCCCGCCCCCUUCUCCCGCCAAGAGGUAGCACCAGUGUCUUCCUGCUCUGCCCGAAGGACCAGGCCGUGGCCAGCGCCGUAGCAGUGGCCCGGGGCGAGGCGGGGCGGGGGGACUCCCUCCCUCCUUCAAGCAGCACAGACCAGGGUGCCAAGCACAAUGCAGCUCCGAUAAAGCACAAGGCACCACCCCUCUUUUCUCCCUGUCCCCACCCCCCUCCCUGGGUGAAGGAGAGCAGCAGGUUUGUCCCUCAGUGAUUUCCACUGUCCAGCGGGCCCAGCCCAACUUAGGUGGGCCACAUGCUCCGGUCCAGUUUCUGUCCUCUCGCCCCAAUGGUCCCCAGUGCCCCCCGGGCCACCCCAGCACCAACAAGGCCGGAAACACUAAGGGGCCAGCCCCUGCCGGGCACCAAGGAGGGAGAGAGAGGAGAGAUGGGGUCCAACCACAGUGGGAUGGCCCAGCCUGGCCCAAGACCUCCUGAGACCCCCUCGGGGGCUUCACCUGGGAAGAAACGAGAGGCCCACCCGAUGCCCAUACUGGCCCCGCGUGGGGCUCUGGGCGGAAGGCCGGCCUCAUUAGGUCGACAUCCCCGACUGCCAAGGAUCGUGACCCGCCCGUUUGGGAACUGAAGGCACGGCCCUGGGCAGACGGGAUGGAGCGGGCACGACACUAAAAGCAGCCGGGACGCCUCCGGGCCUCCCGGGACCGGCCGCUCCUCCCACCCCACGGAGGGGAGGGGGCCGUGAGCGGAGCGUCCUCUACACUACUGCAGCCACGGGCUCGGAGGCUUGGCACCGGACCCGUGCCAACAGACCAGGCGCGGGGAGGAGCCUGAGGAGAGAUGUGCAAUACGUGGGUGGGACGGUGGCUGGGGGGGGGACUGGGCCUGGGGAAGUGUUGGGAGGAGUGAAGGGCCGAGCCUCGGCUCCGCAGGGCGGUAGGAUGGUGGCAGUCACAAGGUGUUGGUUCAAUAAAGUGGGGGUCGUUCCCCUUUUUCAAACGCUG